UUUCAGUUCAAUUUUCGAUAAGCAAGAUGUGGUGAACUCGUUACAAAAACUCGAGUACCUUUAUUACAUCGUAUAAGUUUUUGUCUAGCGACCGUCAAAAUGGCUAUGCUAUUAACAAUACUAUCAAUCGGUGGCUCAAUUCUAUUAACGCCUUUUCUGAUGCUUUUGGUUUGCAUUAUAUUUCUCGCGUCUAUCGGCAAAUCCAUAGGGGUUAGAAGGCUCUACGUGAAAACCUUACUAAUGAUAUUCGAGUACGGUAGGAAAGAUAUCGAAACGGCGUUGAAGAAUAACAGAAAAUCUGAGAAAAACGAAGACAUAGACGAAGGUUACAGCGAAGAAAUAACACUCGAGAAAAAUAACGAAAAUUAUUCGGUAUCAAACGGAGUCGCCAAUGGUAGAAACAACACUGUAAUAAAUAAAGAUGAUAAUUUAGUAUUCGUGCCGGAGCCCCCGCAAACCAAGACCGAAGAGAAACCUUCCAACGAUGUCAUCGUACAACCAAAGGAGAAGUACAAUGAUUUCGAAUUAUCCACAGUCUACGAGUACGUAAAGGCUGGCGUGGAGGCCAUCAUAGAAGACGACGUGACGUCGCGUUUCGAAGCCGAAGAAUUAAAAAACUGGAAUUUAUUGAUACGCACCAACAGAGGCCACGAAUUCAUAUCGUGGAAAUUAACGUUCAUAUGGAUGUGCGGCUUUUGCGUGCGAUAUUUCUUCCUGUUUCCCCUUCGCGUCAUCAUCUGCUGCUUCGGGGUAGGUUUCUUGAUCGUAUCGACGUUCAGUUUGUCGCUGUUGCCGAAGGGUAGCGCGAAACGGUGGCUGAACGAGAUGGGCUACAAGAUCGGUUUUCGCGUGAUCGGCCAGGGGAUUUCGGCCGAGAUAACCAUGCACAACGUGCAGUGGCGUCCGACGAGGAGUUCGGUGUGCGUGGCCAAUCACACGUCACCCAUCGACGUGAUGGUUCUGUCGACUGACAAUUGUUAUUCGUUGAUCGGCCAACGGCACGGCGGCUUCUUGGGGAUAUUUCAACGCGCCCUCGCCAGGGCUUCGCCUCACAUUUGGUUCGAAAGAUCCGAGACUAGAGACAGGCACGCCGUCACCAACAGAUUAAAGGAGCACGUCAGCAAUCCGAAGAACCCCCCGAUUUUGAUAUUCCCCGAAGGUACUUGCAUCAACAACACGUCGGUUAUGCAGUUCAAAAAAGGUAGCUUCGAAGUGGGAAGCGUCAUUUACCCGGUUGCCAUUAAAUACGAUCCGAGAUUCGGAGAUGCGUUUUGGAACAGCAGCAGGUAUUCGAUGCUGCAGUACCUCUACAUGAUGAUGACCAGCUGGGCCAUAGUGUGCGACGUUUGGUAUUUGCCUCCGAUGUACCAGAACGAAGGGGAGACUGCCAUCGAUUUCGCCAAUAGAGUGAAGAGCGUGAUCGCGAAACAGGGAGGUUUGGUGGAUUUAAUGUGGGACGGGCAAUUGAAGAGGGUAAAAGCGAAGAAAGAGUGGAAGGAGAGGCAGCAAGAGGAGUUUUCCAAGAGAUUAAUCAAGGCCGAAUGAGCGAGCGUUUUGUAACGGGUUGUGUUGUAUGUUUAAUAUCAAUUUCGCGAUUUGGAACGAUCGAAGUGCGUGCGUACCAUUAACAAUUUUAUUAAUUCUUUUAGAGCCAUUCUAGUCCGCAAUUUUAGAGGAAAACGUGAUAUUAAGAUAUUAAUGAUUAUAAUGCGUCAGGAGUCCUAGUAAUUUAUGUAAUAGUAUUUCAAAGAAUUCUAGAUUUCUACUGCAUUUAGAAAUCCAAUUUGAUUCAGUCUCUCGACAAUUCGUACUGUGGAAGCUUUAUAUUAUUUCCGAGGCACAUUGUGCAUUGUGUACGCAAGUUUUUUUAUUUAAUUGGGUUAGUAUAAAUGGUAUAUUGUGAUGAGAAAGUCUGUACCUCUUCCUGCAACUAAUAAUUAUUUUGCAUCGAUUCAAAAAUGUUUUAAAUUAAUUUCAUUCAUUAGUAAACAGAAGCAUUUAUUUUGUAUGAAGCGAGGCACAAUGAGAGCCUUUUUGUGUAACGUAAAGGGGUAAUUUUUCUUAUAUUUUAUCGCCUAGGUGUAGUAUUUAUUAUGUAUAUAAAAUCGUUCUUUCUAAUUUUAUAACUGUAAAAUAAAGUACGUUCACAAUUCCUAUUUUACUAUUUAACAAACAUGUACAGAUUGAAUUUGCAGAUAGCAAGUUCCCUUAAUUUCUGUUUUUUCUGAUUCUACUAACUUCGGAUUUGGAUAACAUUUCACAGUAAAAAAUUAUAUUAUGCUUAAAUAAUGCCACUAUUUAAAAGAUAAAUAUCGUUAUGUACAAGUUCGCAGUCUUUACUUUUUGGAUUCGAGUUGCAUGAUCAUCGCGCUAAUUUUCUCGGUCAAUUGCACGUUGGAAAAUUGAUUACCGCAUUUCCCUUGAACGUACAGCAAACUUUGCACGUCCCUUUGAUGAUAAGCAAUGUCG